AUGGCUGGAAGCCGGGACACAGGAAGCCGCAAGAGGACCGUGCUUAUCACCGGCUGUUCCUCUGGAAUUGGCCUCCAGCUGGCCGUCCAACUGGCCCAGGACCCCCAGCAGCGUUACCAGGUCAUAGCCACUAUGCGGGACCUGAAGAAGAAGGAAGAGCUGGAAGCAGCUGCGGGAAAGGCCCUGGGCCAGACACUGACCAUAGCCCAACUUGAUGUCUGCAGGGAUGAGUCCGUGGCCUCGUGUCUGAGCGGCCACUGGGGUGGUGAAGUCGAUGUUCUCGUGAACAAUGCCGGAGUUGGCCAGAUUGGUCCCGUAGAGAGCAUCAGCCUGGAUGAAAUGCAGAAGGUUUUUGAGACCAACUUCUUUGGCGCAGUGAGGACCAUUAAGGCCAUCCUGCCUGGCAUGAAGCAGCGGAGGAGUGGGCACAUCGUGGUGGUCAGCAGCGUUAUGGGAUUGCAGGGUGUUGUCUUCAACGAUCUAUACGCGGCCUCCAAAUUUGCCAUAGAGGGUUUCUGCGAGAGUCUGGCCGUCCAGCUCCUCCAGUUCAAUAUCUUCAUCUCCAUGGUGGAGCCUGGCCCAGUGAACACAAAGUUCGAGGCCAAGCUAAUGGAUGAGAUCUCCCGUUCGGAGUUUCCUGGGACAGACCUGGACACCAUCCAUUACUUCAAGGACAUCUACCUUCCUGCCUCCCGAGAGAUCUUCACGACCCUGGGGCAAAGUCCCCAAACCGUGGCCCAGGCCAUCGCUCAUGUCAUUGACCUUGAGCAGCCCCCAUUCCGCACCCAGACCAACCCUCUGUACACGCCACUGACCGCACUGAAGUACGCCGAUCCCUCAGGCACCCUCUCCGUCCGUACCUUCUACCGCCUCCUCUUCAACUACGGGGCCCUGUUCCGCCUCAGCCUCUGCUGCCUCCGCUGCGUCACUUGCAACUGCUUCCGCCGCAGGAUCAUCCCCGUGUGAAGGGGGCAGGGGCAAGGGAGGGAACUGGCCUCAGUUGUUGCCCCCACGAACCCAGUAGAUCUUCAGUUUAAAAUCCCUCCCCCAAACUGAUGCUAGCUCUAUCUAUCC